GGAUGGAGAGCGCUCCCUUGGGCUGGCGGCUGGAGCAGGAGGGAGGACUGUGUGAGGCAAUGGUUCCGGGAGGUGGUGUUUCCCAGCCGGGAGCCGCGCCGGCCGUGCCGGCUGGGGUGAUGCAAUGGUGGUGACAGAGGAGCGGCGGGAGGAAAAACAAUUUUCAGGAAUUUCUGUUUGUUGCUGCUGUUUUGAAUCUCCAAGCCAAAGAAUUGGAAGAGGAUAAAUUCAGUUGAGUUGUACCUCAGAUCUUUGUGCAGUGUGGCAAAAUGGCUGACAGCCCGAAUUGUGAUUUGAAGUCUCUGAGUCCACUUCAGCUGUUUGAAAAAGUGACUGAACAAGGAGAGAAAGUCAGAGCACUAAAAGCAGGAAAAGCACCAAAGGAUGAAAUUGAUGCAGCAGUGAGGAUGCUCUUAUCAUUAAAACUGUCAUAUAAAACAACAACAGGACAAGAUUAUCAGGCAGGCUUGCCUCCAAAAGAUCUUGUAUUAAUAAACAAUGGUACAACAAAAGAAGAGGAUGAGGAUUUAGUGGAUCCCUGGAAUGUGCAGACAUCAAAUGCUAAAGGCGUGGAUUAUGACAAGCUCAUAGUUCGGUUUGGCAGCAGUAAAAUUGACACAGAUCUGAUUAAUCGAAUAGAAAGAGCUAUCGGGCAAAAACCUCACCACUUUCUACGUAGAGGAAUCUUUUUUUCCCACAGAGAUAUGGACCAAGUACUUGAUGCUUAUGAAAAUAAGAAGCCCUUUUACCUUUAUACAGGCAGAGGGCCAUCCUCUCAGGCAAUGCACGUUGGUCAUCUUAUCCCAUUCAUGUUCACAAAGUGGCUGCAAGAGGUAUUUGAUGUUCCCUUGGUAAUACAGUUAACUGAUGAUGAGAAAUACCUUUGGAAGGACAUGACAAUUGAGAAGGCAUAUGAAUAUGCUAAAGAAAAUGCAAAAGACAUCAUUGCAUGUGGUUUUGAUGUCAAUAAAACCUUUAUAUUUUCGGAUUUAGACUAUUUAGGGACAAGUGCUGGAUUCUACAGAAAUAUUGUCAAAGUUCAGAAGCAUGUUACAUUUAACCAAGUGAAAGGAAUCUUUGGCUUUACAGACAGUGAUUGCAUUGGUAAGAUCAGCUUUCCUGCUAUCCAAGCUGCUCCAUCCUUCAGUUCAUCAUUUCCACAGAUAUUCAAUGGCAAGGAGAAUAUUCAGUGUCUUAUCCCAUGUGCUAUUGACCAGGAUCCUUAUUUCAGAAUGACCCGCGAUGUAGCACCGAGAAUUGGACAGCCUAAGCCAGCCUUACUCCACUCAGUCUUCUUCCCAGCCCUACAAGGAGCACAGACCAAAAUGAGUGCUAGUGACCCAAACUCUUCCAUCUUCCUCACUGAUACACCCAAACAAAUCAAGACAAAGAUUAACAAGCACGCCUUCUCGGGGGGCAGGGACACCAUUGAAGAGCACAGGAAGUACGGAGGCAACUGUGACGUGGACGUGUCCUUCAUGUACCUGACUUUCUUCCUGGAGGAUGAUGACAGGCUCCAGCAGCUGAAGCAGGCCUACACCAGUGGGGAAUUGCUCACAGGGGAGCUGAAGAAGGUACUUAUUGAAACAAUGCAGCCCUUGGUAGCAGCUCAUCAAGAAAGAAGGAAGCAGGUCACAGAUGAAAUUGUGAAGCAGUUCAUGACUCCAAGGAAGCUGGCUUUUGAAUUUUGAAGAAAUGUAUAUGUAACUUAGCACUUGAUAAUCCACAACCAAGUAAUUGUUGUCUUCUGUUGUAUGUCAUCACUCCCUAGUUAUGUACAGCCUGUAAUUGGUGCUUUAUAAAUAAUGAGUAAAUUAUCAUGAACAGCAGAGUACAGAAAAAGUUUUAAAGAGGACUUGUAUCUAUUUAAAAUCAGAAUAUGCAAGACAGAAUUUAUCAGUCUUGCAGAAAAGCAUGUAUGUCAGCCCAGCAUUGUAUUUUAAUGUAUUUCAUGUUGAAAAUAUAAAUAAAAUUUCCAUUUGAUGAUAAAGGCUAAUUUGGAAAUUGUUUUAAAUAUGUUGGUAAGAGGUCAUAUCUCAAAGCAAUAAAUAGUAGCUCCAUUUUCUUCUGUACUAUGUACUUUGGUUUACUACACUGUAUGUCUUCUUAGGCUACUGAAAACAUGCUGCACACAAAAAAGUAGUGAAUGUUACAAGGUGGGAUCAGUACAGAAAGAGUGGACAUCUGUGAGUUGAACACUGGAGAAAGAAUAUCAGACUUGUCUUGCUAUUGCCUUCCUCUUUGACAUUGGGCAAGUUGCAGAAAUCUAUUUUUUUUCAGGAGCUUUUUACCUGAUCUGAGUGCCUCUGGAGGGAGGAGGUCAUCAAGAAGUUGUCAGGUCCUUGAUAUUCUCAGGUGGAAGAUAGUAUAGAAAUGCAAAUACUGGUUUCUAGUUAUAAAUAAUGAGUGUUAAAUCAUGCUGUGAAAAUUGAAGUCACACUGGACACAGGGAUACUUCUAGUACUGUCUGUUCUCUUUCACUGCACCAGGAGGUUUAAACUAGGGAUAUUUAUUAUAUUUAUUUUCAGUGAGAAAAUAUACUUUGUUAAAAUAUCUCAUGUAAUAUUUAUCUCCUUUCUUCAAAAGAACUUCAGUGUCUUUGCUAUGAUUUAUGGAAGAAAAAUUCCAAUUAUUAGCUAUGUGUUUUGAUCUGAACAGUGCUUGAGUGCAAACUGUUAGAUCUGUCUUGUAUAGAAUAGAAAGUUGCUAGCCCAGAUACAGUCUUAGCAAAGGUGAUUUUAUUUGAUGUAGAUAACACAGGUGGGUUAGCCUGGUUAUGUUUGUUCAAGGAACCAAGGAAAAGGCAGAAGUGCAAGGCAAACCUAGGCCUAUUGCACAAGUUUCCAACUUGUGCUAGAAAUAGCAAGGCUUAGCUUUUGUCUUUUUCUUUACAGUUUAUGUGAGCUGACAUUUCUAAUUUAAUGCCAUUGACUUCAGCAUAUUACUGAAAAUGUUUCCCAGAGACUGUCUCCAUAACCCACAGGCAAAGCAUCUCAGUGCCAGCAGGGGCAUAACAAUGAAUAGAAAAGCUUUUUUUUUUUCUUCUAGAAGUAGUGGAACAAUUCUUAGGGGGAAAAAGCAGCUUCUUAAAUCCAGUAAUAAAUAAGCUAGGUCCUAAUUACUUUAGACUUUAAUUAUGACCUCACUGUUCUUGCAGUCUACUCUUUGUCAUCUUUAAGCCAUACAUAAAAGAUAAGCCUUAAAUUUACUUAGAAAGUGCUUUUAAAAAUGUAUGCAAAUAUAUUGUUUAAAAUAUAUGCAGAUUUGUUCUGCUAGAUUUAUUUCAUUCACUGAGAAUUAAUUUUGUUAUUCAGCAAAGGGAAAUAGCUGUAGGAAAAACAGUGCUGUGUUCUAGAUAAGUAGAUGGAUUAUUUUAUAGCAACAAUUGAAAUAUGUUUUGAAAGUUCUAGAAAGGGAAGUGUGAUAGGAAAACUAUUUAUUUGUUUGCUGAACAAGUACUAUUUUCAAGUUCUCUGAUAAAUUCAUACUAACAUAUUUCUGAGAUGGUGCAGUUUCUCAGAGGAGUCUUGGUGAAUUCCUGACUCAUGUAAUUACAGUUCAUGUCCCAGAGGUCAUUUUAAAGGUCAAGGCAGUUUUCAAAAGCAUGCUGAAAUGUUAUCAGGCAUUGUUCAUUACAUUUUCCUCAAUUUGCCCAUUUUGUUCAUCUCACUGUAAUAAAGAUGUAGAUAAAAGUCUGUAUCAAA